AUGUUGGACAAUGGAGUGAAGAACUACCAUGACAGCAGCACUUCCCAAGUCUUGAUGGACAACGUACAGGAGGACUUCAAGUGCUGUGGCUCGACAAGGGGUUUUGAAGAUUACCAAAAAAGCAGUUACUUCCCCAAGUCUUGCUUGAAAGCUUACUACAAUACUCCUUGUAAAGAUAAGCUGGUGAGGUACUUUACAGAAUACAUGAUGAUUAUUGCUGGUGUGGCAAUUGUCUAUUUAUUUAUAUCUCUCUUAAUCUAUUCAUAUCUAUCUACCUGCCUAUAUCUAUCUCUCUUAGUCUAUUCAUAUCUAUCUACCUGCCCAUAUCUAUCUCUCUUAGUCUAUUCAUAUCUAUCUAUCUAUCUAUCUAUUUCAUGUAUUUCUAUCUAUCUAUCUAUCUAUCUAUCUAUCUAUCUAUCUUCUAUUCAUAUUUAUUCAUGUAUUAUUUCUUUUUUCUUUUGUAUUUUCUUAGUUUUUCCUUCUAGUUGCCUUUUUGUUGUUUCUUUCUUUUUCAGUUUUUGGAUCACACUGGUUCCUUUGUUUUUUCUUUCUUUCUUUCUUUCUCUCUUUCUUUCUCUCUUUCUUUCUCUCUUUCUUUCUCUCUUUUAUUUUUGCUUUUUUCCUUCUUUUUUGUUUCCUUUUCUUAUUUUUAGUCUUUUUUGUCUUUCUUAUUCAAUUUUUCAACUCUCUUUAGAGCCAUUAAUUAAUUUCUUAAAUAUUGGGAAUGAUAUUCUCAAUGAUUCUUUGCUGUUCUAUCCGAGGAGAACAGUAAAGAAAUGGACUCUUGUCCACUGA